AGCCAGUCAGUCAGCCCCCAUCGUCCACCCAGAUUCUAUAUGUUUUGAUUUGUAUUGCCCCACCCUCCUCUUCUCACCUGCAGCACACCUCCUCUUCACUGUCAUCUCGUCUUCUCUGUUACCUGGCAUGGAGCUCAGUGUCAAGACCGAGCAGGGUUCUAUGAGGCUGAUGUGAGGAGACCAUGAUGAGGACAGGCCAUGGUGAGAAGGUGUGACUCAGGACCCAGUGCUGAGGAGGGCACCUGGAACAUUGAUGGAUACUGGAUAUAGAGGUCAGAUGGUGUUCUGAACGAGACAUGGGUAGCUACUGUAGCUGUCCUGACAAAGACUUCGCUGAUAAGCAUCAGAGCAAAUUCAAGGUGAUAAAUGUGGAUGACGAUGGUAAUGAGUUGGGCUCAGGCUUGAUGGAGCUGACAGAGGAGGAGCUUAUCCUCCACACCAGGAAACGUGACACCGUCAAGUGGCCUUACCUCUGUCUGCGUCGCUACGGUUACGACUCCAACCUCUUCUCCUUCGAGAGCGGGCGACGAUGCCAGACUGGACAGGGUAUCUUUGCCUUCAAGUGUGUGAGGGCAGAGGAGAUGUUCAACGUGCUGCAGGACAUCAUGCACAACAACAGCAUCAGUGUAGUGGAGGAGCAGGUGGUGGAGCUCAACCCUAUAGAGACUACUGAGAUGUCCCGCAAACCACACACUGCUGCUGCUGGCUACUCUGUACCCACGUUACCGAACGGUACAGGGCGCUACCCGUCGUUUGGUGAGGCCUCGUCGCGCCCUUCUAGCCGACACCCGUCUGUAGGCAGCGCCAGGCUGCCCUCAGUGGGAGAGGAGUCAUCACACCCCCUCCUGGUCCCAGACCAGUCGGUCCACACCUACGUAAACACUCCUGGGAUACAGGAUGACCGGCGCACUCGCCCCAGCAGCCACACCCCCUUGGAACUGCGGCUGUCCAAUCCGGAGACGACCUCCUCGCUAGCCACCGCCCCUCCGUCUCCCACGGAGACAGACAUGGAUACAGAGCCUCAGGUGCUGCUGGAGCCAGAAGGGGUUAAAUUCAUCCUGGGUCCCACCCCGGCUCAGAGGAGGCAGAAGCAGACCCUGGGGAUGAGGACAGGGAGGCUGGGUCCAGACGCUGGGUCCAGACGUUCUGGGGAUGGAGAGAUGGAGCUUGGGGUGUCUGGGUCUAACGAUGAGCCCAGCUUGACAGCUCCCUCUGGGGGUCUGAACGGGAACGGCUGUGUGGUGGGCGCCACCCUGGGUCUCCAGGCAGGAGACUGUGAUACGGGCUAUGACAGUGAUGAACGCAAAGACGGGCCCCCUCCCCCUCUUCCUCCGAACCCAAACCCUCCACCUCACCCAGGGCCCAAACCCAGCACCAUCUCCACCUAUGAGCACCACAACGGCAACACCACCCAUCCUUAUGUCUCCACCCCUGUUCCAGCCCCCAACCCCCGGCGUAACCGCCCCGCCAUCCCCCUCCCUGACUCCUCCCACAAUGCCAACAACUCCGCCCAGCGGCGCACGGCGCUCCUUAACUACGAGAACCUCCCGGCGCUGCCGCCGGUGUGGGAGACCGCAAGGCGCUUCUCCGAGGGAGACGAGGAGGACGAAGAGGAGGUGUAUCACGGAUAUGGACCAAAGACGCCCUCUCUUAACGGCUACCACAACCACCACCACCAUCCUCACCACCAUCACCAUCACCUUCAUCACCACGGUCUGGGUCUGGACCCCAUGCACAACUACGUCAACACAGAGAAUGUAAACGUCUCGCUCAGCGCCAAACUGGACUCUGCGCGGAUCCUUCCGUGGGGGCGGGACUCUAGCGGCGUCUGUUUGACCCCCACCGUCUUUAACUUUGACUUCCGGUCGGGGCGAUUGGCGGGUGGACCAUGUGGGUUGGGGUUGGAUCCCCUGAGGCAGCUGAACUACAUUGAGUUGGAGAUGGAGAAGGGUUCGGACUCCAGUGGGCCGCAGACACCCAAGACCCCCACCACUCCCUGUGGCGUGGGCCUGGGCAGUCUCCUCCUCCCCCCCCCCACCCCCACGCGGCGGACCGAACUGUACGCCAUGAUCGACAUUGAGCGCACGGCGGCCAUGUCGAGUCUUCAGAAAGCACUGCCCCGUGACGACGGCACCUCUAGGAAAACCAGACACAACAGUACUGACCUUCCUAUGUGAACUUCACCACGCCCUACCAUACCUAGCCUACCAAGCACUGUCUGGGUCUCAAAUGGAACCCUAUUCCCUAUAUAGUGCACUACUUUAGAUCAGGGCUAUUCAUAAAGUGGAUCUCAAAUGGAACCCUAUUCCCUAUAUAGUGCACUACUUUAGACCAGGGCUAUUCAUAAAGUGCCUGAGAGUAGUUGUGCUAAUCUAAGAUCAGUUUGACCUUUUUAGACAAUAGGGAAUCAGAUGACCUGGACAGGGGGGGACGGGGGGGUGGAUCUGAUCCUAGAUCAGCCCUUCUACUCUGAGAACCCAGGGCCCAGAGAGUUCUGGUCAAAAUGAGUGCACUACAUAGGGAAUAGUGUUCCAUUUGGGACGGAACCACUGUUGUGUUCUUCAGUGGAACCUUGACCUGACCCUUGUUGUUGUUGUCAGACUUUGUUAUACCUUUGUUAAACCCCACAACAUCUGAAGACAGAAGGGCUGCACAUUUGUUGCAAUAAUUUUUUUAUUUUAAAAUGUCUUAUUACUUCACAAGGAGUUACACUGUGUCCUGAAGGUAACCUGGUCCCAGACCUGUUUGUGCCAGUCUGUGUCAUCACAAGGAGUUACACUGUGUCCUGAAGGUAACCUGGUCCCAGACCUGUUUGUGCCAGUCUGGGUCAUCACAAGGAGUUACACUGUGUCCUGAAGGUAACCUGGUCCCAGACCUGUUUGUGCCAGUCUGUGUCAUGACAAGGACUUACACUGUGUCCUGAAGGUAACCUGGUCCCAGACCUGUUUGUGCCAGUCUGUGUCAUGACAAGGACUUACACUGUGUCCUGAAGGUAACCUGGUCCCAGACCUGUUUGUGCCAGUCUGUCAUGACAAGGAGUUACACUGUGUCCUGAAGGUAACCUGGUCCCAGACCUGUUUGUGCCAGUCUGUGUCAUGACAAGGAGUGGCAUGAUGGCACAAGCAGACGGGUACCCAGGCUAUACUGAAAGGGGACUGAUGGUACCAGGUACACACCAAUAUAACACUAUUUUAUUCCUGAGGUCAUUUGAUACCUAAUUAAAGAAGGGAGUGAAACACCCUUCUAGCCUGGUCCCAGAUCAGUCUGUGCUCUUGUCUACUCCUUUACUGUCAUUGUCAAGGCAAACAAUGAGUGACAGGGCGUUGCCAUGACGGCACAAACAGACUGUUACCCAGGCUACCUGUUAUUCCAAGUGCCUGUGUAAGUUUAGCUUGCAGGUGAUGUGCCAAACAGCGAGGUCCCUUUGAAUGACGGACCUCCUCACCAAUCUCUCUCUCGGUACCAAUCUUUUACAGUGCUGAUCAUAAACUGAAAUGGUGUUAAAGUCAACACUCGUGUCGCUAUUUGAAGCUGACUUCCUGUUGCCCUAAUGGCUGUGGACUCCAAUGGUGUGUUAUGUUAGUGGGCCUACCAGGGUUGGGCUCAAUUCCAUUUCAAUCCCAGUCCAUUCAGGAAGUACACUGAAAUUCCAAUUCUCGUCAAUGCUUUUCAACGAGGAACAUGUGGAUUUGGAACUUGGUUUGCUUUCUGAAUUGAUGGAAUGGAAUUGACCCCAAGCCUGGGAGUCUUCGACCAUGU